CACACACCAGCAGAUGGACGGAGAGAUGUUGGUCAGCAUUGUGUAACCCAUAGAUUAGCAUUAGCACAAUCCCAGAAGAGGAGAUUAGCAGGUCACCUGUCGGGUCAGAUCAGGUGUCAGUUCAUCACCUGUCAGAAAUGGACGUUGCAGAACCCGUUGAGAAGAGAGGAGGACCACCAAAGUUCAAGCAGAGGACCACUCGCACCUUCAAGAGCAAGGCUCCCAAACCCGGACAGAAGGGCUUCGGGGACGACAUCCCAGGAAUGGAGGGUCUCGGCACAGACAUCACUGUGGUCUGCCCUUGGGAAGCGUUUGGAGACAUGGAGCUCAGUGAUCUGGCUAAAUACGGCAUUCUGUAAAUGAUGUUAAAUCUACAGUAAAAUCAGCAGCUCAGAGAAUCAUAUAUUCAUCACACACACACACCGGCGGCGGCGGCGGAUGCUCUCAGCCCAACACACACACAGAAUCAGAUGGACUAAAUGGAUAAUGCAGUUUUCCUCAGUGAGGAGCUGCUGUUCUACAGCUGGAGCUCCAGAUUGUGUUUAAUCCCUCUCCUAUUGCCUGUAGCACACCAGAGUAAUGAUGUGAUCAAAUCUGCUUUAUUUUUUGAACUGUGCAUGAGAUUGUGUUUGUGUCUGAAUCAGGUCAAGUAAAACCAUUGAUUAGACAGGAGAACACACAAAAAUAAAGAUUUAUUUUCCCAUAAGUGUGUGUGAUGAGCAUUG